CACCUGCUCCGCCGUGCUGCCUCGCCUCGCCUUGUCCUGCAGAACGGCCCACACAUGCGCUCACCACUCGAAUUGAGCCUAACGUACGCUCAAUUGUGCGUGCGAUUCGCGACUGUUGUUGUGGGGUGCACAUGGAAUUUUGCAGAACGCGCACGAGAAGAAAGUCUCGCAAAGAGGUGUCGAAGAGUCGUUGGACAUCUCGAGCAGGCAAGGCUGCCUGCGAUACAUUCAUCGUCUUCGCCAUCGUCCCCCACCCCAACCUCAAACAAGCAGCUCUUGCCCUCACACACACACGCUCUGCACACGACACGAUCAUUUCACAAUGGCUCUCAGCGCUCACGAACUGCCCAAGGCUCUCGAGCCCAAGUAUGAAUCCUUGAAGAAGGAGUUCAGCGAAGUGGAUGCCGAGCUUCAGAGGCAAGCAAACAAAUUGUCAAAGCCCUUGUACGAGAAGCGCGAUGCUAUCAUUGCCGAGAUCGAAAAAUUUUGGCCAAACGCUCUGCAAAACUGCCCCCACAUCUCCUCCUACUUCCACGACGAGGACGAGGCAGUGUUCGAGCACCUGACGGGCAUCUCGGUCACUCAAUCCGACAAAGAUCCUCGCGAGUCAUCCGUCACCUUCAAAUUUGCCGACAACGACUUUUUCGGAAACAAGGAGCUCACCAAAAAAUUCACAGUCAAGAAGGAUGCUCCUCCUCUCGGAUCCUCCUCUGGCGCCUGGCAAGAGGAUGUGCAGACGGAAGCCACAAAGAUCGAUUGGAAGAGCGACGACAAGAACUUGAGCAAAAAGUACCCGCUCGUGAACGAGCAGCAGGUCCUCGAGACUGGAUCCUUCUUUGCUUGCUUCUUCGAGGCACCUCAGAACCCUGUUCCAAUUGCGAUCGGUGAUGGCAUCAUCAACGUCUUUUGGCCAAACGCAUUCAGUUUCUACACUGGAGACGUUGAGGACAUCAUCGACCUGGACGACAUGGAGGACUUUGACGAUGAGGAUGAGGAUGAUGAGGACGAGGAUGAGGAUGAUGAUGACAAGGAGAUUGAUCUCGAAGCAGAGGAGAGGUCAAGGAAGAAGCCCAAGCACGAAGCAUGA